UCUUCCAGGACACAUUUCAGCUCUCAGAGGCAGACUGCCCCCACUGGAACAAGUGCGGUCGAACCACGUGAACGGCACGAGCGGGACGCACCGCCAGGAGACUUAAAGUUUGACCAAUUACCUAACUUUCUGGAGAUGGACAUUACAGCGAAAAUGGAAAUUAACGUCAGUCAGCAGCAGCUGAUUCCUUCUUCCUGCUACUUUUCGGCGCAGAGCAUCCAACUGAGCCCCAGCAGCGGGAGCAGCGGCAGCGGGAAGUCCAAGCAGCCCAAGCGCCAGCGCUCCUCUUCACCGGAGCUGCUGCGCUGCAAGCGGCGGCUCAACUUCGCGGGGUUCGGCUACACGCUCCCGCAACAGCAGCCGCACGCGGUGGCGCGCAGGAACGAGCGGGAGCGCAACAGGGUGAAGCUGGUCAACAACGGCUUCGCCACGCUGAGGGAGCACGUCCCGAACGGCGCCGCCAACAAGAAGAUGAGCAAAGUGGAGACGCUGCGCUCCGCGGUGGAGUACAUCCGCGCCUUGCAGCAGCUGCUGGACGAGCACGACGCGGUGAGCGCGGCCUUCCAGUCCGGCGUCCUGUCGCCCAGCAUGUCGCAGGGAUACUCUGCGGACAUGAACUCCAUGGCAGGGUCACCCGUGUCCUCCUAUUCAUCCGAUGAGGGCUCCUAUGACCCGCUGAGUCCGGAGGAGCAGGAGCUGCUGGACUUCACCAACUGGUUCUGAGCAUCUCUGAGAAUUACGGAUCAACUCAUCCUGCUGUUGUCCGGUGCUUGGGAUGGCCCCUGGAGGAGAACAAGAUGCGCUGUUUAAAUCCUGCGUCCUCACAGACUGACUGACUGAAAAGUCCGCAAAGUCCUGAGAACUUUGCAAAAAAGCGCCAAAGGAUUAAAGGAGACAGUGUGGGAAAACCUCAAUUCCUGUGCAUCUGAUAAAAAAA